AUGCAACUCCUGCACAAUAAGACUGUCAUCUAUGUUACUCAUCAGUUAGAGUUUUUGGAUGCUUCUGACCUUGUUUUGGUGAUGAAAGAUGGCAGAAUUGUUCAAUCAGGGAAAUAUAAAGAUUUGAUUGCAAUGCCUGAUGGUGAACUCAUCAGACAAAUAUCUGCUCAUAAGAAAUCUCUGGAUCAAGUGAACACUCCAAAAAUGUGUAUCAGCUUAGCUGAGAAGAAACAUGAUUGUAAUGAAAUCGAAGUAACUGAAGAUAAAAUUGAAGAACUUACUGGCUUUAACCAGGUUGCAGGCAGGACUUGGCAAGAAGAAACAGAAACGGGUCGUGUGAAAUGGCAUGUGUACUCCACUUUUAUUAUAUCUGCAUAUAAAGGAGCCCUUGUUCCACUUAUCCUUCUGUGCCAGGUUCUCUUCCAGGGGCUGCAAAUGGCAAGCAAUUACUGGAUGGCCUGGGGAACAGAAGAAGGAAGGGUUACAAGAGAGCAUUUGAUUGGAAUAUUUUCUUUACUUUCUGGCGGAAGCUCCUUUUUUAUUUUGGGAAGAGCAGUUCUUUUGUCUAGCAUUGCCAUUAAAACGUCUCAGCACCUUUUUCUUCAAAUGAUAACAUCUAUUUUCCGGGCACCAUUAUCAUUCUUUGACACUACACCUUCAAGCAGAAUUCUCAACAGGUCUUCAACAGAUCAAAGUGUAGUGGAUACAGAUAUUCCAUACAGGUUAGCCGGAUUAGUAUUUGCGCUUAUUCAGCUGUUCAGCAUUGUGGUGCUCAUGUCCAAAGUCGCCUGGCCGAUCUUUUAUAUCUUCGUCGUUGUCUUUGCCAUCUCCACUUGGUAUCAGACGUACUACAUUACCACUGCGAGAGAAUUAGCUAGGAUGGUUCCAACUCAACGGGCUCCAAUUCUCCAUCACUUUUCAGAAUCAAUCCUUGGAUCAGCAACAAUUCGUUGUUUCAAUCAGGAAGAUCGCUUUUCAAAGAAGAAUUUAAACCUCGUUGAUGACUAUUCUCGUGUUUCCUUUUACAACUCUGGCACAAUGGAAUGGCUCUGUGUUCGGAUCAACUUUCUAUUCAACCUCGUCUUCUUUCUUCUUCUGAUCAUCUUGGUCAACCUUCCAAGGUCAGCCAUUGAUCCCAGCCUGGCAGGACUAGCAGCUACCUAUGGUUUGAAUUUAAAUGUUCUCCAAGCAUGGGUUAUAUGGAACCUUUGCAAUGUAGAGAACAAAAUGAUCUCUGUGGAAAGAAUUCUGCAGUUCACUGCAAUACCCAGUGAAGCUCCACUAGUUCUUGACAAUUGCAGACCAGAAACUGAUUGGCCGUUCAAUGGAAAAGUUGAAAUCGAAAAUCUCCAUGUGCAAUACAGGCCUACUCUUCCUAGAGUUCUCAAAGGGAUCACGUGCACCUUUCCAGGUGAAAAGAAAAUCGGUGUUGUGGGACGAACUGGAAGUGGAAAAUCUACCCUGAUCCAAGCUCUCUUCCGGGUUGUGGAGACCUCAGAAGGACGCAUAAUGAUUGACGGAAUAGAUAUCUCGAAGAUAGGUUUACAGGAUUUGCGGUCGAGAUUAAGUAUCAUCCCACAGGAUCCAGUUUUGUUCCAAGGAACCGUGAGGACAAAUCUUGAUCCUCUGCAGGAGCACUCAGACCAAGAUAUUUGGAAGGUUUUGCACAAAUGUCAUAUUGCUGAUGAUGUAAAGCAAGAUCAAAGGCUUCUAGACGCACCUGUUGCUGAAGAUGGAGAAAACUGGAGUGUAGGGCAAAGGCAGCUUGUAUGUCUGGCAAGGGUGCUGCUUCAGAAGAGAAAGAUAUUGGUCCUGGACGAGGCUACUGCUUCAGUAGACACAGCAACUGAUAAUCUGAUCCAGAAAACAAUAAGAGAAGAAACAAACAGAUGCACAGUUAUAACAGUAGCUCAUCGCAUACCCACUGUGAUUGAUAACGAUCUCGUUCUGGUUCUUGGAGAAGGGAAGGUUUUAGAGUAUGACUCUCCAGCUCAGCUGCUAGCAGAUAGUCCUUCUGCAUUUUCAAGUUUGGUAAUGGAAUACGUGGGAAGAUCAAAAGGCAAACGAUAA